GUCGUGGGUCAUAGCAACAAUAUUGUCCUCAUGGAGAUGCAUGUGGAAGUAUAAGGUGGCUAAUGUAUGUGUUUAAAAUAGGCAAGAGUUUUCAUCCUGUGCUUUACGUCUGUCUAUUGUUUUAAAGCCUCUGUAGUUCAAUAACGCUAGCUUGUUAGCCAAACUGAGCGGAUGUAUAUUUUGAAAGAAGUGAAGCCGGUUGAAGUUAACGUUAUCUAGCUCACGUUAUCCAGCUGGUAGUAAAAUAUCUUGACUUUGAUUAGUAGGGAUGAAGGGAAAAUGGAAGCAAAAAAGCAAAAAGAAGAAGGGAAAUGCAGUGUUACAGAAGUACAUGGUGGCAGUGGAUGAGUUUAUUAAAAGCAAAAGUGGCACUGAAGAAGUGGAGAAUGACCAUGGCUUGAGAUUUGUAAAGAAGAAAAGCAGAAAGGAGCAACGCAAAGAAAAGCGAAAAAUGAAAAAAGCCAAAAUGAAAAGUUAUUAUGAGGGUAAAAAGAUCCUCAGUUUACCCCUCGAUGAUGGUGAAAACUCGGGAAUACCAGCUGAUAAACAGCCGCAGCAGCAGCAGAAGAAGAAAAUGGAGAAAGCAAAGAAAGAAGUAUCAAAAGCAAAUUCAAGCAAGUCCACUCGUGCUCCUACAGAGAAAUCAGACAACUCUAAAACUAACUCAUCUUCCAAGAAAGGUAAAAAAAUUAAUAAGCUUCAAGAAUCAAGGAAAAUGGCACUUCUGGAGGCAAAUGAAGACGAGGACAGAGAAAUAAAGAAAUUAGAGCGGUACCUGGGAUUGAACAAGAGAAAAAACAAGAAAAGUCUCCCUCAGUCCUUUGUGGCUGAUGGACUUGAUUACAUCCUUGGUAUGCUUGACUCUGGCUCGUCGGCUGUGGGGAUGUAUGAUGAUGACGACGACAUGGACAUGGCCAAGGAGAACUUUGAAAAGCUCGAUGAGAACGACUCUCAGCUGUCAGAUGAGGAUGAAGAACCUGGAGAUGAGAUGGCAAAUGAAGGCAGCGAUAAAGAUGUGGGUUCAUUUGACGAUGAAAAUGAGGUGGACGAGGAGGAGGAGGACGACGGCAAUGAUGAUGAUGAGGAUGAAAUGGUUGAUGAGGAGGAUGCCGAGGAGGAGGAGGACAAUGAUGAUGAUGAGGAUGAAAUGGUUGAUGAGGAGGAGGAGGAAAUGGAGGAUGACCAGGAUGAGCUGGAUGAGAGUGAUGCAGUUGACUCAGACGAUGAAAAUGAAGCGGAAUCUCCUGACACAAAGACAUCUGGCUCAAAGUCUGAAACUGUCAUCUCUGCAGCAGGUAAGUACGUGCCGCCUCACUUGCGGAGCACUGGAGAUGAUAAACGCAAAGCGGAGCUUGAAAAACUGAAGAGGAAUGUGAAAGGCCUGGUGAACAGGCUGAGUGAGCCCAAUAUGGCGUCCAUCAGUGGUCAGCUGGAGGAGCUGUACAUGAGCUGCAGCAGGAAGGACAUGAAUGAUACCCUAACGGAGGUGCUACUAGCAGCCUGCGUCACCCCGACCCUGAUGCCUGACAGAUUACUGAUGGAGCACGUCCUGCUUGUCAGCGUCCUCCAUCACGCCGUCGGGUUAGAGGUGGGAGCCCAUUUUCUGGAGACGGUCGUGCGAAAGUUUGACGAGGGGUACAAGAACCCAACUGAAGGCAAGGAGUGUGACAACCUGGUCACCAUCGUCUGUCACCUCUAUAACUUCCAGGUGGUGCAUUCUCUCCUCAUCUUCGACAUCCUAAAACUUUUGGUUGGAGCCUUUACAGAGAAGGACAUUGAACUAGUUUUGUUAGUGCUGAGGAAUGUCGGCUUUGCCCUGAGGAAGGACGACGCUCUGGCUCUCAAGGCGCUCAUCUCUGAAGGCCAACGCAAGGCCACCAACAUGGGGUCGAAGUUUCAGGAUCAGACGAGGCUGCGUUUCAUGCUGGAAACCAUGCUGGCUUUGAAGAACAAUGAUAUGCGGAAGAUCCCAGGCUACGAUCCUGAGCCUGUAGAGAGACUGAGGAAGUUGCAGAGGACUCUGAUCCAACGGAGUGCAGCAGGCAGUGACAUGAAACUGAGGGUCUCUCUGGACAAUCUCCUGGCAGCAGAGCAAGUGGGCCGCUGGUGGAUCGUCGGCUCCUCGUGGAGCGGAGCGCCCAUGAUCAGCGAACAAGGGAACGCGACCUCAAAGCAGAGUACUGCUGAAGGACAGUUUAGUACCAAAGUCUUAGAGCUGGCUAGGAAACAGAGGAUGAACACUGAGGUCAGAAGAAACAUCUUCUGUGUGAUUAUGACCAGCGAAGAUUACAUGGAUGCAUUCGAGAAACUGCUUAGGAUGGGCCUGAAGGACAAGCAGGAGAGAGAGAUUGUUCAUGUUCUGAUGGACUGCUGUCUACAGGAGAAAACCUUUAAUGCCUAUUACGCCGUACUGGGAGAGAAAUUCUGCUCCCAAGAUCGCCGCUUCCAGAUGACUUUCCAGUUCAGCCUAUGGGACAAGUUCAGGGAGCUGUCCAACCUUCCCAGCAGCACCUUUAACAACCUGGUCCUGUUGGUUACCCGCUUCCUGCAGAAGAAGUGCCUCUCACUCUCCAUACUCAAAGUAAUAGAGUUUGGGGAACUAGAUAAGCCCACAGUGCGCUUCUUGCGUCUGAUGCUGACUAAACUGCUAAAAGAAACUGAGCCUGAGGACUUAGCCAGCAUAUUUGGAAGGAUUUCAGGAAUUCCCAAGCUAGGAAUGCUGCGGGAGGGCUUGAAGCUUUUCAUCAGCCACUUCCUGCUGAAGAAUGCCCAGUCACAGGGACCAGCUGAGCAAGCAGCGAUGCUGUCUGAGCGUGCCCAGGUCGCCACCAAAGCCAUGGAGGCCAAAGAGGCCAAGCUCAAACUGUAAAACACAUACACACACACACACAGCCACACACACCAAAAACCCAACAGAGGUACGUAACAAAACUGUGGAACAGAAUAAGGCUUGUUGGUCUCUUAAUACAAAGAACUCAAACAUACAGUUUUCUUUAAAGGAGAAUAAAUAUGUUUUGGAUAUUAAGUUAAUGUUUUUGCUUUCGGGAAUCCUUGUACAUAAUUGUUACCAUGGAGAUUUUUAAAUCUGGAAGAUUCUGAUGCCUUUAGAGACACACCAGUCUUAGCACUAUGUAUAUUAUUAUAAUACUGUGUGUAUUGGUUCAGCUUUCUUAUUCUGCAACAAAUAACUACAGAUUUUUCUUAAUAAUAAUUAGCAAUACAAAUACGAUUUUUUAUAUAUUUCACUUCCCGAAUACAUUGUCCAUGAUGGUGCUUGUGUAUUUGUUAAUAAAACAAGGGCAAAACGUCAAAAAACAUUGUACCUUGCCAGAUUUAUUCUACAUACAGGCACUGGAGUGUAACAAAUGUUUAUACAAUGUGUUAAACAAUCGUCAUAAAAGCCUCAAUAAAUCACUGACAAUUUGA